AUGAGAGGUUAUCAUGGGCCCCACGUUACCGCCCAAAAGGUCUUCAAUUGUGGGUUCGAUUGGCCGAUUGUUGUCAAAGAUGCCCAAGAUUUCAUCAAAAGAUGUGAUGCUUGCCAACACAUUGGCAAUAUCUCAACCAAGGAUGAGAUGCCCCAAAACCCUAUUCAAAUUCUAGAAAUCUUUGAUGUUUGGGGCAUUGAUUUCAUAGGACCAUUCCCCACCUCUGGUGGGAAUAGGUACAACCUCUUGAUGAUCGAUUACGUUUCAAAGUCGGUGGAAACCCAAGCUCUUCCCAUAAACGAUGCUCGAGUGGUGGUGAGAUUCCUUAAGAAGCUGUUCACUAUAUUCGUUACCCCUGGAGCCAUCAUCAGUGACCGUGGGACUCAUUUUUGCAACGCCAUCAUGGAAAAGGCGUUAGCACUCACUCAUUGUUUUUCCACCGCAUACCAUCCUCAUACGAGCGGUCAAGUCGAAAACGCAAAUCACAGAGUUAAACGUAUUCUAGAAAAGACCGUAGGAAUGAGUACGAAGGAUUGGUCUGAUAAGUUAGACGAUGCAUUGAGGGCGUUCUGCACUGUCUAUAAAACACCCUUAGGAACCACCCCAUUUAAGAUCGUGUAUGGAAAAGCGUGUCAUCUUCCCGUAGAGGAGGCGACAUACGCUAGAUCGUGGAAUGUCAAAGAAAAGACGAAAGCGUUGCACGAUAGGAAGCUUAAAGGUUUAAAAGAGUUUAAAACGGGAGAUCAAGUGCUUCUUUACAACUCCCGUUUGAAAGUUUUUGGUGGGAAGUUGAAGUCCAAAUGGGCGGGACCUUUUUUAGUUAGUGAGGGUUUUCCAUACGGUACUGUGGAGUUGAUGAACAAAGCCGAUGGAACAAAGUGGAAGGUUAACGGACACCGUUUGAAGCAUUACAUUGGGGGACCCAUUGAUUCAAAUGAGGAGGAGGGAAUUCCCCUCGAAAUUCCACCUGAAGCAUCCGAAUAG